ACAGUUUUCUAGAGAGAUCUGAGCCUGAACCUGGGAGCCGGGAGAUCUUUCUCACCCACCCAGCUCAACUGCAAGGACACCUACAGGGGGAAAAAAAACCUAAACAUCCCACGCAGCCCCCCGCCGCCCCGAGGCAGGCUGCCUGGCUCUGUGCAGAAAGUGAUGGAAUAAACAACACAUUCCUUUGGAUGAAUUACACAGCAUAUGAACUGCCAAUUACUCUUUGUGCAGGAAUAAGAAAAACCCUUCACUUUCACUUAUUAGGUACCAUCUUGAAAACAAAAAACUUCUGAAUGGCUCAUGGUCAUUGCAGACCAUUAAUUGAAUGGGAUCAGCACUUCUCCUACUAAAAUAUCAGAAGUCAAGGAUUUGGAAAACAGAUUUUUGCAGCAAUGACCCAUUUACAAGCUGGACUUAGUCCAGAGACUAUAGAGAAAGCCCGCCUGGAACUGAAUGAAAACCCAGACAUUUUGCACCAGGAUAUCCAACAAGUCAGGGACAUGAUCAUCACGAGGCCUGACAUCGGGUUUUUACGUACAGAUGAUGCCUUCAUCUUGAGAUUUCUUCGAGCCAGGAAGUUUCACCAAAUGGAGGCCUUCAGACUGCUGGCUCAGUACUUCCAGUACCGCCAAUUAAAUUUGGAUAUGUUCAAAAAUUUCAAGGCUGAUGAUCCAGGCAUCAAACGGGCUCUGACUGAUGGGUUCCCAGGAGUACUGGAAAAUCGUGACCACUGUGGCAGGAAGAUUCUUCUGCUUUUUGCAGCCAACUGGGAUCAGAGUAGGAACUCCUUCAUAGAUAUCCUUCGGGCUAUCCUACUGUCCUUGGAAGUUCUCAUUGAAGAUCAGGAGCUUCAGAUAAAUGGCUUCAUUCUAAUUAUAGAUUGGAGCAACUUCUCCUUCAAGCAAGCCUCCAAGCUUACACCAUCUAUCCUCAAAUUGGCCAUUGAAGGUUUGCAGGACAGCUUUCCUGCCCGCUUUGGAGGAGUCCAUUUUGUCAACCAGCCCUGGUACAUCCAUGCCCUGUAUACGCUAAUCAAACCAUUCCUCAAAGACAAGACAAGGAAAAGGAUCUUUCUUCAUGGCAACAACCUGAACAGCCUUCACCAGCUAAUACACCCGGAAUGCCUGCCCUCUGAGUUCGGGGGGACUCUUCCCCCGUACGACAUGGGGACGUGGGCUCGAACAUUGCUCGGUCCCGACUACAGUGACGAGAAUGAGUACACUCACACCUCGUACAACGCCAUGCAUGUGAAGCACGCAUCCUCCAGCCUGGAGCAGGAGGACUCUCCCAAACCCAUGAAAAGGUCCCAGUCAGUGGUGGAAGCUGGCAUGCUGAAGCACGAGGACCUGGGGGAAAGUGAGAACACCCAGCCACUGCUGGCCCUGGACUGAGCCCCAUGCGCUGACUGCAGACAUCCAGACCCCAUCCACCCAGAAACCACCGAGCACACGAUACGCAUUCACACGCGUUUCGCUUGAAAACAAGUCCUUCAUCUUUCUUGACUGAGUAACAAGAGCCACCAGCCACCUGCCCACGCGGCCAACGCUGAACAGCCUUUCUAUUGACACAGGAUGCGAAGGAAGACAUAGCGGGGGUCUGUUCAUACGUAAAGAAUUUGGUCUUCUUUCCUUUUUGGACUUCUGGCAUUAAAAAGUUGGAAAUGAUGGGACAGCCUUCUCCUUUUAAAGAAAGCAGUGUGUGUCAGUAGAAGUUUUCCUGGAGCCUCCAACAGGGACGCUCAGUUUUAUAGAAGCUAAGGUUAAAUGUGUAUUAAAGCAAAGCAUCUUUAAAGUCUGCACUGUUCAGUGUGGCUCAGAGGGCAGAAACAGCAUUAUCUAUGGUGUGUUUGAGAUCUGCAGAAGGGAUUUUGUAUUAAAAAAGUAAAAAUCAGCGCCAGCAUAAUGCCAUACAAUGUGACACUUUGCAAUUGCCUCAUCCAUACUGCUUUUAGGGGGGGGUCACUUAUUUCAGUAUCUAGCAAAAAGGAUUCUUAACUUUUGAAACCCUUACAAAACUGUCAGCUAAGUGGAAUGAGCUGCGUGGGCAGCAGAUACAGACAAUUUGGAAUGCAAUUAUUUAAUUUUAACGAUGUGUUUUCCCAUAGGUGACUCGGGAACCCGUUAGAUGUGUGUGCGCGUGUGCGAGGGGGUGCCAGGGAGACCCACCGGACACAUUCACCAGUGAUUAAUGGUUCAUUCAGAUUUUUCAUUUAGGUCGCAACCGCAAAUAAAAGCUCUGCAGAACCAUUUACCCCCCUCCCCUCCUGCAGUCAGUGAAAGGUGUAGCCAGAAGGGAACGCUGACUGCAGAUGCGGGCCACGGUUAAAAUGAGAAGGGAAAACUUAGAAUUAAUUAUUCAGUACGAGCUUCUGCUAGAAGGAAAUGCGGACAAACGGAAGGACUGAAGUGCCAAAGAUCAGUUUGUUAUCUCUCUCUUUGCUCUAUCUGCAAGAAGAGUCCCAUCCCUUCAUUGAAAUGGAAAUCAGAUUAAAGAAAUAAAAGAAAAAUUGUUAUCAAA